AUGCCUCCUAAGAAGGCUGCCCCAGCUAAGAAAGCUGCUCCGGUUAAGGGAACUCCAGCUAAGGCGACUAAAGCGGCCGCUACCAAGAAACCGGCAAAGGCUGCCGCUAAACCCGCUGCCCAACCCCAGAAGCCUGCUGCGACCGGCCGUCGCUCUAAGAAGAUGUCGACUGAGGAGACAGUGAAGAAAGAGCCGGUUGACAAGUCGCGUAAAGCGAAGACUACGGCGCCUACCACACCCGCGUCGAAGAAGCGCAAGGUCGAUGAGUCCGACGAAGAGGAGAAGCCGCGCGAGCAGGAGGAGAAGUCUCGUCCAGUGAAGAAACCUCGCGUUACCCAAUCCCGAGCGCUCAAAGUCCCCAAGGCUAAGGUCGUCAUUAACGAGGCCCCCAAGUCUCGCCUGCACGUAUAUGUUUGCGGUGAAGGAAGCUCCGGUGAGCUGGGCCUAGGCACGGCCAAGAACGUCAUUGACGUGAAGCGGCCACGUCUGAACCAGCUCCUGGCGGCAGACAAGGUGGGUGUCGUUCAAGUUGCCGUUGGCGGCAUGCACUGUGUGGCUCUGACCCACCGCAACGAGAUCUUCACUUGGGGUGUGAACGACCAAGGUGCUUUGGGACGAGACACCACAUGGGACGGCGGCUACAAGGACAUAGAGGACAACAGCGACUCAGACUCGGAUGAUGAAGAUAGCGGAUUGAAUCCAGUCGAGUCCACUCCCACCGCAAUUCCUUCUGGCGCAUUUCCCGAAGGAACUGUCUUUGUUCAAGUGGCUGCUGCGGAUAGCGCGAGCUUUGCUCUUACCGACGAUGGACAGGUUUAUGGCUGGGGAACUUUCCGAAGCAACGACGGAAUUCUCGGAUUUGACACCACCCAUCGGGUUCAGAACACCCCCAUCCUCAUUCCGUCCUUGAAAAAGAUCAAGCACCUGUCUUGUGGCGCGAACCACGUUCUUGCGCUGAACGAUAAAGGCAGUGUAUUCUCGUGGGGCUCUGGACAGCAAAACCAGCUUGGCCGCCGCAUCAUUGAGCGCAACAAGCUCCAUGGACUGCUCCCUCGAGAGUUUGGGCUCCCGAAGAAUAUCGCGCACAUUGGUUGUGGCUCCUACCACUCUUUCGCGGUUCACGCGACCGGAAAAGUCUUUGCCUGGGGCUUGAACAGCUUCGGUGCCACAGCCCUUCGGGAUGGUGCUGGUGAUGACGAAGCUGCCAUUUUGCAACCCACUGUCGUCGAGUCGCUCACCGGGCAAGGUAUCACCCAGCUUUGCGGUGGCGCUCAUCAUUCCAUUGCACGGACUGAGGAUGGCAAGUGCUUGGUAUGGGGCCGCCUGGACGGCUUCCAGACUGGCUUGAAGAUUGAGAGCCUUCACGACGACGCAGUCAUCAAGGAUGCACAUGGACGUCCUCGCAUUCUGAUCGAACCCACUCCAGUUCCCGGUGUCAAGGCCAAGGUGGUCUCCGCUGCUUCCGACCACUGCCUUGCAAUUGAUGCCGAUGGCCGUGCUUGGUCUUGGGGCUUUUCUGCUACGUACCAGACUGGACAGGGUACCCAGGAUGAUAUCGAAGUUGCCACUAUCAUCGACAACACUGCCGUUCGUGGGAAGCAGCUGAACUGGGCCGGCGCCGGUGGCCAAUUCUCGGUGUUUACAUCGCCUGCCGACGAGUAA